AUGGAUAACAAUAAUGACUACGAUUCUAACUUGUCUAUCUUGAUGGAUAUGUUUCCAACUGUUGCCAGAUCCGUAUUACAAGUGCAUUUACUUGAGAACAAUAAUGAUUUGGAACUAACAAUAGGCUUGCUGCUUAGGGAAAACAAUGAAAAAUCUGCCAAUGAUGAUGAACUACACCAAAUUUACGACAUGUUUCCUCAGCUUGAUUGCAAUAUCAUAAAGAAUCAGUUCAUAACUAAUAGGAAGUCCGUAGAAUCGACUAUUUCCGAUCUUUUGAAUUAUGAAACCCUACAAAGGCUUAAAGAAGAAACCUCACCUGGAAAAGUACAACAGAGUGGAAAGAAAAGUAACUGGAAGUCAACAAAUGAUCACUUGGAGACUAUAAUAAAGUUUACGGAUUCUCCUAGAAAUAUUGCACAGAAAUAUUUUGUUGAAAAUGGUUUUGAUCCAAUAAGGGCCAUCAUCAAAAUAAUACUAGAUUAUUAUGAUAAAAGUCAUUUCAUAGAAAAUGUAACUACUGUCAAGACAAUACGAAAACCUUAUGCCCCCGUGAGAGGCGGUCGGGUUCAGUCAUCAAUGGGGCUUGCUCAUGUGUCGAAACAGGAUGCAGAAUCUAAAAAGGUUAGGCAAGUAAGCCUCCAAAGAUCAAGAAGUUAUAAACAUACCUUGAGUAGCCCGCAAAUGGUCGAACUAAAUGGAUUGAUAGCUGGUAAUCACGAUCUCAAAGCCAUAAACUAUGAGUUUUUGCAAAAAUGCUUGCAAUUUUACGAUGGAGAUGUGGUAAAAGUGCUAAACAUAUCAGCCUUAUUAAUCGAAGAUGAUAAAAAUAUUACUAUGACUUGGAAUUUUGAUGAAUGCUUCACUUUGACGUCUAAAGAUCAUUGUAAGCAACAUUUAAGCAAGGCCUCAACGUCACUGAUUUCCCACAGGAAUGAGGUAAGUGACUCUUAUGAAUCGCCCUUCCAAAACAAGGAAGCCAUAUCACUUGUAAAUAGUUUGUUUCAAACAUACCGAUUGGAUUUUCACGGGUUUCUUCCCAACGAAGCAGUUUCCACAUUGAAACUUGCGCUAAAUAAAUGGUGGUCCAAAGAGGUAGCAGAAAGAGAGUUGAAUUCUCAUAAUAUAAAUUCAUACGGCUCGAAAGUGCAGUUUGUAAGCCCUUUAACCGUUGUAACUGGUAGGGGUAUCCACAGUAUCGGGGGAAUCUCAAAAGUUCGACUACAGGUUAAAAGUUUUUUAGAAAAAAACCACUACAUAUUUUGGGAAGAAUCUUCUUUCUUUAGAAUUGAGGGUAAGAAAAAGAAAAAGUAG